UUUAACUCCUUUUGGUUACACACCAUCCCUGAUCUGGCUUUUGGGGCUUGUUUAGGGGUUUCUGUGGAGGGUUUCUGAACAGACAGGUCAGACCAGGGACAUUUGUACUCUUCAGGUGGACUAUUCACUCCACAUUACUCAUGCUGAGGUAUGGAUCGUGGAACUCACAUGGCAGCGUUUUAACUCUUGGAUUGGCUCAUAAAGCUUUCCUGGCCGUGAAAAAACACUGAAAAACAAGUGAUUAAUAAGCAAAUCUUUGGGCUUACUGGCUAAGUACAGUGCUUUCCAUGUGAAUGAGCACACCCCAAGCAUCAGAACAAACAGACCCAGAGCACGGGGACGCUCAUGGGUCUCCCAGAUAAUCUUCUGCAAGUUUGAAUGAAUCAAAAACAAGUCAUCAGUGGAAUCCUUACAUCGGCCUAGCGGUUCAGAUUGCCUUCGGCGGUGUUUAAAGGUUACAAAACGAUCUCUUUCUUAAAGCCAGGUCUUCUCUUCAGCCAUGCUGCUUCCCUGAGGCUUCACCUGCAUUCGGAGCAUCAUUACUCUGCUUUUUAAAGUUUUCAGCUCUGGUAACCUGUUUGGAGCUGUUUGGUGCUGGGCACCAAGACUGUGACUGCAUUUACCGACUCAGGCAUGGAUCGAGCUAUUCUACAAGAAGAUGAAGGAAUCCUUCAGAGGUUACUGAUGGAAAAUGUAGUGUUGUACCUGAAUUUAACCCAAAACUCCUCCAUCUAAAGAGGUAUGACACUGACACGGCCACUUAUGUAAUAGCUGGUUUCAGUUACUGAUUCGCUAAUGACUGUUUUGCCCUUGCGCAGUUUGUUCCCGGUUUCUUCAUUCCCCUCCUUCCUACUUGCCAUACUGUAGUACCUCUUCCUCUUGUUGACAUCUUUGCUAGUUCCCAAUAGGAAAGCCUGGAGUUACUGGAUUGAUUAACCUCAGUAAAUUGCUCCUAAACAUUGCAUUGCUAUCUCUUUCCUGGGUACCAAGAGGAAUAGGGAUCACCAGGGAAGACCUGCUUGCCUGCUGCCAGAAGACAGGAGCCAGAAGUACCAUCUACCGCUUUCUCCAGGAGCUUGGACAACUGCUUGGGGAGAUUUGGGCUUCAUUUAUGACGGAGUUAUGGUAUCUGUGAUUCCAGGAUGGCUGUGUUUUACAUGUCCACAGUACAUGAAGCUUUUACUGAUGUCCUUCAACCUCUGCCAGUCCUAAUUGCAUCAGCGUUCCUACAGGUACUGAGCUGGAGUAGGAUUAAGAAAAAACCACUAGCAAGCAGGAUUUCACCAUCCCGUGAAUCUUUGGAAUUGGCUGAGGGGUUGACAGGUCUGAACAAGUGGAACAACAUCUAUGAAGGCUUGUGACUAAAGAAACAAGAACAGAGAACAGGAAGAGAAACAAGAAGGCAGGUGUUAUCCCAGAGGCAUGACAGGAGCAGCUACAGACAUCUUACUCAGAAAGGAGCGGACUUAGAGGAUGGAGCAGGAAGUGGCAAGAGAAGAAGAGAAGAAAGAAGGCUUGAUUGAGUUUUAUGAUUCCUUCAAGGAUAUGUUUGAGUUCUUCUGUAAGAACACAACAAUCCACGGCACCAUCCGCCUCGUGUGCUCGGACAGCAAUAGAAUGAAAACAGCUUUUUGGACCCUGCUUUUUCUUGCCAGCUUUGGCAUGUUAUACUGGCAGUUUGCACUUAUGUUCAGCCAGUACUGGGCCUACCCUGUUGUCCUGACCAUGUCAAUGCAUUCAGGGCCCAAGAUGUUCCCAGCUAUAACCAUCUGCAACCUGGACCCAUACAGAUUUGAACUGGUCAGUGAACAUUUGGUUCAACUGGACCACAUGGCAGAGAAAUCAAUUGCUUUUCUGUAUGGCAUCAACACAUCAGCCAGCUUAUUCCACAUGAAUGAGAAAAACAUCCACAUAAAAGACCUGUCAAGCACAGGCAAUCUCAGCAGAUCUGCCUUCAAGCUGAGCCAAAACUUCUCACUCUUAAGAAUGCCUGACCACAAUAACAGGUCAGGGAAGAAGCAUUCCAGUGUGGGCUUCAGGCUGUGCAAUGCCACAGGUGGGAAUUGCUUCUACAAGACCUAUUCAUCUGGGAUGGAUGCAAUUCUUGAGUGGUACAGGUUUCACUACAUGAAUAUCAUGUCCCAGCUACCCGUUAUAAUCAACAUUUCUGAUCAUGAGGAGCAAAUAGAAGACAUGGUCUACUCCUGUCAGUAUGAUGGGGAGCCCUGCAGACCCAGUGACUAUGUUCACUUUCACCACCCAGUCUUUGGAAGCUGCUAUACUUUUAACAGCAAGGGAACAGACUCUUUUUGGACAGCUACAAAACCAGGAAUUCCUUACGGACUUUCCCUUAUCCUGAGAGCAGAGCAGAAGGAUCACAUCCCACUCUUGUCUACAGUAGCAGGUGUGAAAGUGAUGAUACACAACCACAAUCAGACACCAUUCCUGGAGCAUGAAGGCUUUGACAUCAGACCAGGCAUUGCAACUACCAUAGGCAUUCAGCAGGAUGAGGUGAAUCGCCUGGGUGGCAAUUAUGGGAAAUGCACGACUAAUGGUGAUGAUGUGAAUGUUAAACUCCUGUACAACAACUCCUACACCCUGCAGGCUUGUUUGCAUUCCUGCUUUCAGCACAUAAUGGUUCGGAAAUGCGGCUGUGGCUACUACUACUACCCACUGCCUCCUGGUGCUGAGUACUGUGACUACAACAAGCAGCCUGCAUGGGGUCACUGCUUUUACCAGCUGUACAACAGGCUCAGAAACCAUCACCUCAAUUGUUUCGAGCAGUGUCCCAAGCCCUGCCGGGAAUCACUGUACAAGGUAUCUGCUGGGACAGCUAAAUGGCCAUCAGCGAAGUCUCAGGACUGGGUCCGCCAAGCUCUGAGGCAUCAGAAUGGAUAUAACUCCACCAGCAACAGGAAGGAUAUUGCCAAGGUGACAAUCUUCUACCAGCAACUGAACUACCAGUCUGUGAACGAGUCUCCUUUACUCACAGAGAAUCUCCUUCUGUCCAGCAUGGGAAGCCAGUGGAGCCUCUGGUUUGGAUCCUCAGUGUUGUCUGUAGUUGAAAUGUUGGAGCUGCUCAUAGAUACACUCGUCUUGUCUCUCCUUUUCUGCUACCAAAGGUUCAGGUCAAGGAAGACAAUGAAUGUAGCUCACACUCCUGCCAUCCCCAGCGUGAGCCUGACCCUGGAGAACUACCGAGUUGUGCAAGAAGAAGCUGCAAAAGGUGAUGAUUCUGCUCAUCCUCACCCUUCUGGAGUCACUGUUGCCAUGAACAAGGGAGACCUGCAUCUUCAUCCAUUCUCCAGCAAGGUGGAAAUGCCAGAGCUUUGCCCAGAUGUGGUGCUUAACGGAUUUAGAUACAUGAAGGACAGCACUUUGGAAGGGGAAGUGAAUAGCUAAGGGUAUGUUUGUGUGCACAGGGAAGUGGGAGACUUGGAGCUCCCCUAAUGCUCAGGUGCUGUCAGAAAAGUUGCAAACAGAAACAUUCUGUGAGCACUAAACACCACACUGAGAGCUUGGCAAUCCUCCUCCAGCUAUUACAAGUUCAUUAUUAAACCAUUCAUGUGGCCUGGAUUCAGGCAUCAUGCAAUGUUCUUUUGUUCCUAAUGAGUAUCCAGGGAGGGGAGAACUGUUCUUCUCCUCUCUGGGACAGUCGUGGAAUCCUCAUAAAAGCCUAUUCAUAGCUUUUAACUUCUAAAGCCUUGUGAGGAAAUCAGCCUGUGGCUUCAGACAGGCCCAUCUACAUUUCACACGUGUACUCAAAGGAGAAGUCAGCCUGGCUGUUAAAGGGAAGAUUUCCAGGGGAGGCUGAGGCUUGUGUGCUCCUGUCACUCACUGUUGUCUUGAGGAUGACAGAGCACGUAAUGACAAGAGGUGGCUCUGAUCACAGCUUUGCUUCCCAGACACCUCUCUGUCCUUAACCUGGGUAUUGAGGACAAUGCACAGGAUGCUGCUGCUGAGAUGCUUUUAGAUUAGAUUAAUUCAAAUGAGACUUGCUCUCCUGCAGGUAAGGAAAGAGAAGAAACAGGGUUGAAAACUUCUGUGUGUCGCAGGCAAAGCAUCGGAUUUAUUUAAGAGACUAAAAUGCUGCACUUUUGUUGCAGUCCAUUUAUAAAUAGAGAUUGUUUUAAUGUUAAUAUUUGACAGUAAUUUAUGUGUACAUAAAAGAACACGUUUAUUUUUGAUGAUGUUUGCACAGGAGCAUUUUACUGUUAUGAUCUUGUUUGUGACUUGCUGUGGAAAACAAGAGUUAACAGGAAAUCCCUGCCUUUUGUUUUGUAACUUUUUUAAGUAAUAAAAUGCUCUGGAU